AUGUCUAUCAAAGUUUACAGCGAUUAUGAUGACGUCUGUGUCCGGGAACACGAGCAAGUGAUAAAUGUCUUACGAAUACCAUCAGAUGUCCAUUGCAAGCCACCUCGUGUCUUCGAGGUCGGUUUGCAGGCGAAACGAAGAAUGGUGAACCCUUCGACCAAGAUAUAUGCAGAAGGAGGACGCGUUAUGGAGAACGCGUUAUGGAAGGCACUCAAGACGGUCGACCGUGAGACAAGCGGCCAGUUCGGGUUGAGGAAACUUGCCGUGGAGAAGUUCACCUUCAAGCUCCCGCAAGCACAGCUCGACGUCGGCACUGUGAGCGCAACGAUCGACGACGAGGCCUGUGCUGUGGAUUACGUCUACCGAGCUGGGCGGAAAGUCAUCGUUGGAGGAGAGGAUACGGGUAACUUUGUUGAGUCUUCGGUUUCUGGUGUGCCCGAGAGCGCUCAGGAGUCGCCGCCGAUGGAGUCGUAUGCCUUGCGGGCAAAGACGAGGCUUGGUGGCAUCACACCGGGGCCGAGAGGUACGAUGACGAGAGCUUCGAGAGCCAAAUAG